GUUUCAGCUUCAGAUGUUCGUCUGUUUUCGCUGCUUCAACUUCUCCAGCGAAUUUCCGCCAUACCUCCACCUGUACGAAUAUUGGGGGCCUCGGUGUUCAAAGUGCUUGACGGUACCUAAGUUGUAAAGUUGACGUCCGUUCGCAAAAGCAAGAAAAGAAUGGCGCCGAACGUCACGAGUACCCAGACGGGAAUAUUAUACGAAGACGACAUGAUCGAGAAUUCCAUACCGAUUCAACCGUCAAAGACAAAAUACGAGAUACGCAUCGUCUGGAGGAAUGUAAUAUACUUCUUGCUAUUUCACUUAGGCGCGCUUUACGGACUGUAUCUCGUCUUCACUUCAGCCAAAUUGUUGACGACCAUUUUCGCUUAUUGGCUAUACAGAGUAGGCGCCACAGGAGUCACCGCCGGAGCUCACAGAUUAUGGACACACAGAGCGUACAAGGCAAAAUGGCCGCUGCAACUUCUACUGAUGGUAAUGGACACCAUAGCAUUCCAAGAUUCGGUGAUACACUGGGCCAGGGAUCACAGAGUCCACCAUAAAUACAGUGAGACGAACGCAGAUCCCCAUAACGCGAAGAGGGGAUUUUUUUUCUCGCACAUUGGCUGGCUGUUGUGCAGAAAACAUCCGGACCUUAUUGAGAAAGGGAACGGGAUCGAUAUAAGCGACCUGAAGAGCAACCCGAUACUCGCGUUCCAGAAAAAGUACUACAUAAUUUUGAUGCCUCUUCUGUGUUUCGUCAUGCCCACGGUUGUGCCAGUUGUGUGUUGGGGCGAGACAUGGACAAACGCAUACUUCGUCUCUGGUAUUCUGCGCUUUGUUUUCACACUCAAUGUCACGUGGCUGGUCAACUCGGCGGCCCACCUCUACGGGAACAAGCCAUACGACAGAUCCAUCAACCCCUCGGAGAACAAGAUUGUAUCCUUACUGGCGGUAGGCGAGGGAUGGCACAACUAUCACCACGUGUUCCCGUGGGACUACAAGACGUCCGAGUUGGGCGGAUACAAGUUGAAUACGACGACGGCUUUCAUCGAUUUCUGGGCGAAACUCGGUUUGGCGUACGAUUUGAAAGUGGUCCCCAAGAAAGUUAUACAGAAACGGGUGGAGAAUACAGGCGACGGUAGCCAUGAACUUUGGGGUUGGGGUGACAAGGAUCAGACUCAGGAGGACAAGGAGCAGACGGUUGUAACGUAUCGUCUUAAGAAAGGUCACUAGAAGACGUUCCGCGGAAUUGCCGAUCGUUCGCUACAUGUACCGAACGACGGUCAAUUCUGCAUAUAACCCUUAAAGUACAAGGGAUGGAAUAAAAUAUUUCAAAUAAAAGUUUAAUGGUACAAUAAGCGCUAUAAACAUGCAU